UAGCAGGAUAUUUCCGUUCCGUCCGUUCCCUUUGAGUUGACGCCGACUCAGGUCUGUCUCAGGCAGAGCACCGGUGAGAAUGCAGAGAUCCUGAACACAACUGAAGUAAUUUUUCCCUUUUGCUUUUGUGGACUGACAUCUUCCUAUAAGGACUAACGUGUUGUAGCCAGAAGGACCAGAAUUUUGGAGGAUGGCAGAGCAUCCACACUGAGCACUUGGGAGAGCACAGGAAAAAGACAGAAGGUGAAAGAGGAGUGCUACUGGCGUUCUGCGAUGGAGCGUGCUCACAGCCUCCUCCUGGACGAGGAGGCAUGUAAUCAGGUGGGCAAACACCAGAAGGCCGAGUUCAUCUUGGAAUGGCUUAACCACCUAAAGAGGCUCCUCCCAGCCACUGACAGGGUCGAUAUCAGACAGAACCAGCGGUGUUUGGUUGACCAGCUGUGGGAAAUUCUGAUUAACUCUCCAAGCAGGCCUACCCGCUGGGUGUUGGCCCACUGCUUGGCUGUGCUCUAUCGCUUGGGAGACCCCAUCCCAUCCAGCUUAAUGGUAGAGAGGUGUAACAACAUAAUACGCAGCAAAGAUGACUCGCCGUCAGCCCUUCCAACCCGGCUGGCAGCCAUUGCAUGUCUUGGCACACUAUAUGAACAGCUUGGUCGGAUGCUCAUUGGCUGCUUCAAAGAUACGUUAGCUUGCCUGCUGAAGGCUAUGAAGAGUGCUGAGUCUCAGGGUCGCUAUGAGAUCAUGCUCAGCAUGGAGAGGAUCCUUCGAGGUUUGGGUGUCAGUGCAGUGUCAUGUCACCGUGACAUCUACAAGGUAGUGAGAGCCUGUCUGACAGACCGGUCCAUGGCUGUACGCUGUGCUGCUGCCAAGGUUUUGUUGGAGCUGCAGAGGGAGGCUGCAUUUUUGUGGACCAGCGAGCUGGAGAAUGUGGCCACUGUGUGCUUCAGAGCUUUUGAAGGAUCAAACUACAACGUCAGAGUAUCUGUAUCCAAACUGCUGGGAAUUCUCCUGGCUGCUGCUGUGGAACCGCAACAGCCCACUGCCCCCAGGCAGGGUGCUCGGAGUCAAGGCUCCCUGGAGGAGGUCAUGGAAUUACUGUCUGGAGGGUUUCUGCGGGGUGGAGGGGGUUUUCUCCGAGCCAGUGGAGACAUGCUCAAGGGUACAAGCUCUGUCAGCAAGGACGUCCGCAUCGGAGUCACACAGGCCUACGUGGUGUUUGUCUCCACUUUGGGCAGCUCCUGGCUUGAAGCCAACUUCCCUGCUUUCCUGUCCUUGCUGAUGGAGCUGGCGUCACACGUCAGGGCAACACAGACACCAGCUGACGCUGCAGUGACCCGUCGCUGUGUCUCUUUUAUCCUGAGGAGCACUCUGGGGUCUCUGCUAGGAGAGAAGGCCCAGAUCAACGUUGUAAAACAGCUCUGCCUCGCUGUGGCCACACAGAAACGAGCAGUUGAUGCUGCUCUGACUGACGGGAACGUGGAGACCAAAGUCUUGUCUGCAGAUGUCUCAGCCAGUCAGCACGUGUUGGUUUGCUGCCUGCUGGAAAUGGGAGCAUUAGUUCAGGGAUUGGGAUCCACUGCGGCCCCCCUCCUCACAGACACUACCACAGCCCUCCUGGACACGGUGAUCUCUGUCCUCCUUCACCCAGCCAUCUUGGCCAGACUGGCCGCUGCUUGGUGCCUGCGCUGCGUUGCCAUGGCUAUGCCGUCUCACUGUUCUCUCCUCCUCGACCGUUGCAUCGAACGUCUAGUGGCACUGAAGUCCUCGCCCGACGCUGUAGCUGGGUAUGGAGCUGCUAUUGCUGCCCUGAUGGCAGCAGUGCAGCACUGCCCACUUGGAAUUCCACACACCAAGGACAAGAUGGUGUUGGAUCUGGCAGAAGACCUCCUCCGUUCAGCCUCUCAGAACAGUCAGAUUUCUCUCCAGAGGACUCAGGCUGGCUGGCUGCUCAUCUCCUCUUUAAUCACCCUGGGUCCAGCUGUGGUGGAGCACCAUUUGCCCCGCCUGAUUCUACUGUGGAGAUGCGUGUUUCCUGCUUCACUUCGUGAGCAGGAGAUGGAGCUCCAACGUGGGGACUACUUCACGUGGCAGGUUACACUUGAAGGACGUGCUGGAGCACUCAGUGCGAUGAAGAGCCUGCUGCAGCACUGUAGAGACCUUGUGACUGAUGAUGUCAUCAGCCGUCUACUCACACCAUUAGCCUGCGCUGUGGCUCUGCUUACCAAGUUGCCUGCUCUCUUCAGGUCUUAUGGCACUUCAGUUAAGAGCUGGUCCAUCGUCUACAGGCUGAGAGUAUACGAGCUGCUUGCUCUGCUGCCUCCACAAACUUACCAGGAGAGUUUUGGGCUGGUGAUGAAUCAGCUGGUGUCUGAUCUGUCAGGUCAGGACAACCUGAAUCAGACAUGUUCAGAGCUUUCUCUGCUGCCGCCCCUCUGUCAUCGUGAUGACCUACCACUGGCAGGCCCCGCCCUCCAUGACACAGACCACAGAUACAUCGAAGAACAGCUCCACAGUAGCAGUGUGGGAGGAGGAUCAUUGGACAAUGACCCCUUCAGUCUGUGUGAGAGGGGCUACGAAGCUCCUGCUCCUCUUCCAUCCCCUGUCGCUCUGGCUACUGCUUCCAUCCAUCUCUUUGGAGCAGUCUUCCCCCACAUAAUCUCUGCUCAGAGGGUGAAGAUACUGGAGCAGUUUGUGGAAACGGUGAGCCAGCUAAAGGGUCAACGCCAGCAGACUAUCCAGACUCACCUUUGUGCUGCCCUCUGCAGUCUGCUCAAGCAUCAAGGUAGCAAUCGAGGCUCUCUGGGGCCCGAAGAGAUCCGUCCCCCAGCAUUGUCCCUCCUGUCGGGGGCACUGGAAAGCACCAGUCCUCUGCUACGCUGCCUGGCUGCUGAAGGUCUAGCCCGACUGGUUCAGGUGGUUGGAGAUCCAGGGUUCACUGUCUCCAUCUCCCUGCUCUGCUUUGAUAGGCUGAAGACUGCUCGAGAUGCGGCAUCACGCAGUAGCUAUGCCCUGGCUCUGGGGGCGCUAUACCGCUACACCGGAGGAAUCAGCUCACCUCAACACCUGUCCACCUGUCUGGGAGUCCUGUUCACCUUGAGCCAGGACAGCACCUCACCCGAGGUCCAGACCUGGUCUCUCCACAGUCUUUCUCUGGUGGUCGACCUGUCAGGUAGUCUUUAUAGAACCCAUGCAGAACCAUCGUUCACUCUCGUGCUCCGGCUGCUGCUCUCCACUCCACCCACCCAUCCUGAGGUGCACUACAGCCUAGGACGCUGCCUGCAUUGCCUGAUCACCUGUUUGGGCCCAGACCUGCAGGGUAAUGGCACAGCAGUGUCUGAUCUGCGCUCCAGCUGUCUGGUUGCAUGUGGAGUGAUGCAGGACAGUCCAGACUGUCUGGUUCAGGCCGGGGCCAUUUCCUGUCUGCAACAGCUGCACAUGUUCUCACCUCCACACGUCAACCUGACCAGCCUUGUACCUGCACUCUGUGAGAUCUUGUUGGAUUAUUCUGUAUUGGCAAACCUGUGCAGCUCGUUCCUAUCUUUGCGCCGGGCUGUGGUGGCGUGUUUGCGCCAGCUUGUCCAGCGAGAAGUGCUGGAGGUCUCUGAGCAUGCUGUCACUCUGGUCAAAGAGCUCCCAAGACGAGACAACACGCAACUUGAUGUCACUAUAAAAGAGGUCGGUCUCGAAGGUGCUCUGUUCAUUCUGCUUGACCGGGAGUCAGACUUCAGUCUGAGGAAGGACAUUCAAGAGACUCUGGUUCAUAUGAUGGCAGCCAGUGCCACCAGCAACAAACUGGCCCACUGGCUGAAGCUCUGCAAAGAUGUCCUGUCUGCAACUACAGAUGGUCGUGCCCCAUUGGAGUCGAAACAGGAGGAUGAAGACGCAGACCCUGGCAAAGAUGAUGACUCCUCUGCCUUCAGAGCCCGGUCUGAGUCUGGUGGCCCAUUCACAGCACUGCGCUCAGCCACACGUUGUUUCGCCAUGGAGUGUGUGUGUCGCAUCAUAGCACAGUGCGAGACCACUGACCCCGCUCACUUUGACAUGUCUCUUGCUCAGGAACGACGCCUGCACGAGUCCACUGAUUUCCUGGUCCUCCAUCUUGGCGACCUGGUACGCAUGGCGUUUAUGGCAGCAACAGAUCACAGUGAUGAGCUGCGACUGGCAGGACUCCAAACACUCCUGGUUAUCAUCAGACAGUUCUCAGCCAUUCCAGAACCAGAGUUUCCUGGUCAUGUGAUCCUGGAGCAGUACCAGGCUAACGUUGGAGCUGCUCUCAGACCCGCCUUCACCUCUGAUGCUCCUCCUGACAUUACUGCCAAAGCCUGCCAGGUGUGUAGUGCAUGGAUUGUUAGUGGUGUAGUCAGUGACCUCCGUGACCUGCGACGUGUCCACCAGCUCCUUGUCUCCUCAUUGGCUAAGGUCCAGAGUGGGAGGGAAGCAUCAAGCCAGCUGUACAAUGAGGCUGCUGCUACCAUGGAGACACUGGCUGUUCUCAAAGCCUGGGCUGAGGUUUACAUUGUAGCUAUUCAGAGGAGCAAACAAAAAGAAAGCUCUCAUAGACCAGCUGACCCAUCAGUCUCCUCUCUGGCCAGUGACAGCUCAGGCUCUGAGUCAGGAGGGGCGGGCCUUCUGAAGUUGGUCCAAUCAGAGCUAUCAACACUGAGUCGUCUAUGGCUGGCAGCACUACAGGACUAUGCACUACUGACCCUCCCACAGGAAUACUCAUCACAACUACCUGCAACAGGAGGCUCCUUCUAUACAGCAGAGACUGUCAGCCAAGCAAGACGUCAUUACACCUCGUCCUGGGCUCCCAUCCUCCAUGCCACCUCCCUCUGGCUCCACAACACAGGUUUUGUGAUAUCAGAUGAAGCACCUGCUAACCUAUCCAGACCAGCAACACCUACCUCCAUGGGAAACAGAAGCUCUGUGGGCGGAUCCAGUAGUCCUGAAGACAUUAAUACUGACAGAUUGCAUCUCAUACUUGGGAUCAGCGUGGAGUUUCUCUGUUCUCCACAUUCAGAGGACCAGAUGGAGAACAUCACCUCCUGUCUGAGAGCUCUGCAGGUGCUGCUGGAUGUUUCGUGGCCCCGAGCAAAGAUUGGAAAUGACCAGGCUCUGAGCGUGGAGCUACUUAGCGUCCUCCACAGACUCAUGCUGACCAGAGAGUCUAUAUCAGUUCAGCUCGCUGUGUUGGAUUUAUUGCAGCGAAUUGUAGCUGCUGCUCAUGAGCACAUCAGAGAGAAACGCCACAGUGCUGAAGUGGAUGAUGGUGCAGCAGAGAAGGAAACACUUCCAGAGUUUGGGGAGGGGCGAGACACUGGUGGUUUGGUUCCUGGUCACUCGCUGGUUUUUGGUGCCCUGGAGCUCUGCCUCUGUGUACUGGUCCGGAAAAUCCCACAGCUCAGCCCCAAACUGGCUGGAACUAGUCCAACUGGUCCUGGAGGCUCAGCGUGGACUCUGACAGACAGUGACUGUCGUCUGGUAGCAUCGGCUCUGUGUGUGCUUUCCGAGCUGCCGUCCAUCUGCUCUCCUGAAGGCAGUGUGUCCAUUCUCCCCACUGUCCUCUACCUGCUGCUGGGAGUCCUGAGAGAGUUGGUCCACCAGCCCAGCGUGCAAACAGAUGCUCCAGCAGUUGAAUCGGGGGGAGGGGCUUGUCUGAGUGUGGUCAUCCAGGCGGCUAUUCAGGCUCUGAAGUCCGUCUUGACUUCACCCAUGAGCCGACAAGAGAAAUGUCGAGGAUCCUGGAACCUGCUGCUGCAAUCAGCUCUAAAUACACUUCUAACAUUUUGGGACAGUGGGCCUUCCAGCUGUGUUGUGGACCAGGUCAGCCUCCUCACCGCUCUGACCGUCUUUCUGCUAUCUGCUUGUCCUGAUGUCUGUACCACUGAGCCUCUGCACAAGCUCUGUCUGCAGCGCUUCACCACCAGCAUGGACUCCAAAGACCCUCUGGUUGUAAGUCACUGUUGUCAGCUGCUAACGACAGUGUUUCAGGCUCAGCCCGGUGUGGCCAUCCCAUACAUCCAGGCACUUGGUCCGACAUUGAUUCGAUUCCUCCAGAAGGUGGAGCGGAGUCGUCCUAAAACUCCACAGGAGCUGCUUGGAGUCUUGGAGGCAAUCCGAGCGAUGGAGGCUUUGAUCCAGGCAGCUGAUGAAUCACAACGUCCUCAGCUGGUGGCAGUCUUGCUGCCCCUCCUCAUCUCCUUUCUCCUGGACGAAAAUGCCCUUAGCUCUGCUCCCCUGCCAUCCAGGUCUCUUCAUGAUUCGGCACUCAAGGAUCUGAUGCGCUUUGGCUCUCAGCACCCAGCUGUCUUCAGGUCACUCAUCACAACAUCGCCUCACCUGAAGUCUCGUCUUCAAGCUGCCAUCAAAGGAAAUCAGGAGAGUUUGAAUGUCAAAGCUAGCAGUGUUAACCCAGCCGCCCACAGCACUGGGAAGUCCUCUCCCAGCAUCACGCUCAAAACCAAGUUCCUAUGAGGCAGCCAAGCUUAGAUCCGCCGCACAGAGACGGAGUUUAAUGUCACUAACACACUGUGGGACUUUGAUUGUUCUGAGGGACAUUCUGACGGGUUCUGUGGUACGCCAUAUUGAAAGAGUGAUAGCAGAUGCCCCCCCCCCCCCAAAAAAAAAAAAAAAUCUGUGAGAUCACUUCCUGUCUCAUUUUGAAGAAAAAAAAAACUAGCUCGAAUUUUUUUUUCUUUAAUUUUUACCAGCACACUGCAUGCCACCUCACAUUGAUGCUUACCUUUAUUAUAUCAUUUGAAAAAAGCAAUUCCGCCAGGUUGGCAUGUUUUAUCACACGAACUGUGCAUCAUACAUACGUCAUACAUAUAUGUUGAUCAAAUCACGGACUGACUCCUCCCCAGGACACACGAGCUUCACUUCAUAUCUACGAGAAUGAACUUGGAGAGUUCAAACUCAGCUUCAAAACGAACUGAGGCCGGUGUCAGUAAUUUGGUGAAUGAUCAACAUGAUGGCUAACAAUAUCAAACCUACUGAGGUUCAUUCACCUUGAAAAGAAGGGAAUGUGAUUAACUUGUAUUCAGAUAGAGCGGUGUGCAAACAAGAGAAGAGUUGCCCAUCAGAAGGAACCAGUUUCAUUGGUUCUGGCAUGUGACAAGGACACCUCCUAGAUGCUUCCUGAAUGAGCUGUUUUGGGUGUAUCCAACAGGGAGGAGACCCAGAGGAACACCCAAGACAAACUUGAGAAAUGUCAGGUAGUCAGAUUUCCCUCAGUUCCUGACUGAGUGACAUGAACAGAAACCAUCUGCAUGGCAGCCAUAAUAAGAGCUUUUAGAGCUAAAGGGAAGGUGCCUUGGUCCUUCCUUUAUUAUCCCCUUUAGUAGAGGAUACAAUAGAACAUUCUGAAAGGAGAGGAGAUAAAUCCUGCCCAGAUUUCAUUCGUCAGAUCAUUUAUAAAAACAAUCAAUAUAAGUCGCACACAUCAUUUAAUACACACAUCAGGUUAAUAGUGCUUUCCCUUUCAUGCCUUACAUCGCUCUUAUGUCCUAAACCACCAAUGAUAGGCUGUUUAAACCCACAGCUGAACUGUGAACAUUACACUGCUAUGAUCAGAUUUGCUUCUUGAGGUGUUGCCACGGGAACAAUUAUUUGUACUGUAAAGUUUUAUAAAUAAGAAUUAUGAGCUAUAUCUAAAUGAUCAAAGUGUAUUGAAGGUUUACUACAAUUCAUUUUGUAUUAAGUGUUGCUGUUUUGCAACUUCUUGGGUUUAUUAAGCAUUAAUUUGAAUUAAGUCACAGCAUGCCAUCUUAAAGGUGGGAUUUAAACUGAUCAGUCCUGGGAUACCUGAGUCAUCUUUUCUUUUGAGUUAGAUUUUUCACCUCUUGCAUACGACCUCCAUCCAACAUCUCUAUCACCAAGACUGGGACAAUAACAAAAAUUGACUGCUCCUGUAUGCAUAUAUUGUUAGUAUCCCUUUCUAUUUGCACGUGUGUUUGCUUUACCAUUAAAGCAACUACCUGGUGUUUUAAAACUACCAACAGCAGUUAGAGUGCAUGUCAUAAAAGGGAACAUUCAGUUGCCUGAGGUUUUUAUUUUUUUUCCCAAAUAUAACUUUUGCACACUUGGCAAUUUCACUUUAUUUUUUCAUUUGAUUUUUUAAGAACCCAUUCAUGAUUUUUUUUUCAAAGACAUUGUGCUAGGAUCAAUCACAUGUAAUUUUUCUGCUGCUCUGAGCACCACAUACAUUUUAUUCAAGCGAAGGCAGACACAUCUACAGUGGAUAUUUCCAAAUCUCCUAAGCAAUCUAGAUGAAGAAACGGCACUGCAGACAACAGGAAAACACGUACUUGUGAUUUUUGAGGUGAACUGCCCCUUUAAACUGUUAGUGUAGUGUUGUUAAUGUGUUUGUUUUGAGUGUACUGUAAAAAGCAUUGACUGGUUACUUAAACUUAAAUCUUGUCAGUUUGUUUAAAAAGAAAAGUCUUGACUUUGUAAAUGUGAAUGUUGUCCUCUUAACCUGAUUUUCUUGAAUGAUGAAGGGUAACACUAAAGUACUGACCAGCAAUAAGUGUACAAGGCAGCAGAGUUUCAGUGUCUGUCUCUGUCCUGGCCAUCUCCUUUGUGCAGUGUACAGGUGUGAACUGAAAGAUCGAGUAGGUGCAGUACACCUACAAGUACAUGUACAAAUAAACUCUUUAAAUUCA